CUCUCUCCCCUCUCCCUCUCUCCCCUCUCCCACUCUCUGUCUCACUCAGCUCGGUGCAGCAUGUAUGUUAGAGUGUCUGAGACACCGGAGCCUGUGUUUACAUGCCAGCCUAUCAGUGGAGGUGGAUUUAGAGCAUCUGGAGGACCCAGGCAUCUCCCAUGCUCCUCACCGGGGACUCACCUCCUUUUAUCUCCACUCGGGUAUCCCAUUUCUCGCUUUGAAUCCUCCUUUCAAUGGCCUCUUCAAUCUCUGCCCUGCUCUCUGAGGCAUUUUGGAUUUCCUUGGCAACGUGGAGCAGCUUAAAUUAGAAUUCUGUGCAUGACGGUCCUGGUAAGCAGUAGAAUGGUGUCCGGGGAGGCAGGUGGGCACAGCUACCUGGUGGCGUGCUGGCAGCCCAUCCUGGUCCUAAUGCUGGGCACUGUCCUCUCCGGCUCCACCACCGGCUGCCCGUCCCGCUGUGAGUGUAAUGCUCAGGAACGUUCCGUAGUGUGCCAUCGACGGAGGCUGGCCUCAUUUCCCGAGGGCAUCCCCAUCGAGACGAAACUACUGGACCUCAGCAAGAACCGUCUGAAAAGCCUGGGGCCUGAGGAGUUCAUCAACUACCCACAGCUGGAGGAGCUGCAGCUCAAUGAGAACAAUAUCUCUUCCAUGGAGCCCGGGGCUUUUAGCAACCUUGUCGGCUUGCGGACUCUGGGGCUGCGCAACAACCAGCUUAAGCUAAUCCAGUUGGGAGUGUUCACAGGCCUCAGCAACCUCACCCAGCUGGACAUUAGCGAGAACAGAAUUGUCAUCCUGCUGGACUACAUGUUCCAGGAGCUGUACAAUCUGAAGGCUCUGGAAGUCGGCGAUAACGACCUGGUGUUCAUCUCUCACCGAGCGUUCCACGGCCUCAGCAGCCUGGAACAGCUGACCAUGGAGCGCUGCAACCUGACCUCGGUGCCCACCGAGGCCCUGAGCCAUCUGCACAACCUGCUGUCGCUGCGACUACGCCACCUCACCGUCAAUGCUGUCAGGGAUUACUCCUUCAAGAGGCUUGACCGCCUGAAGGUGUUAGAGAUCUCCUACUGGCCCUACCUGGACACCAUGACCUCCAAAUGCCUGUACGGCCUCAACAUCACCUCCCUGACCAUCACAAACUGUAACCUCACCGCCAUCCCUUACCAGGCCAUUCGACACCUUGGGCACCUUCUCUUUCUCAACUUGUCUUUUAAUCCCAUUCACACGGUGGAGGGGAACAAGCUGCACAAUCUGCUGAGGCUUCAGGCCUUCCACUUGGUAGGAGGGAGAUUAGCCACAAUUGAGCCCUACUCCUUCCGGGGCUUGAACCACCUCCGAGUCCUCAACGUAUCCAGCAAUAGCCUGAACACCCUGGAGGAAUCCGUCUUUCACUCCGUGGGGAACCUGGAGACCCUGGCACUGUACGAUAACCCACUGGCCUGCGACUGCCGACUGCUCUGGGUCUUCCGCCGCCGCUGGAGGCUCAACUUCAACCGGCAGCAGCCUUCCUGCUCUUUGCCCGAGGCCGUGCAGGGCAAGGAGUUCAAAGACUUCCCAGACAUCCUCCCCUCCGAUUCCUUCACCUGCCAGAAGUCCAGGAUACAAGACCACAAGGCAUUGCAGAGGCACGUGGACGAAGGCACAACGGUCCAUUACACAUGCCAGGCGGACGGCGACCCAGCCCCCGUGAUCAUGUGGCUGUCCCCCAAGAAGCAGUUCAUCACCACCAAGUCCGUGGGGCGUCUCAGCGUGUCCCCCGAGGGCACGCUAGAGGUGCGCUACGCCCAGAUCCAGGACAACGGUACCUACCUGUGCAUCGCCAGCAAUGCAGCAGGGAAUGACACCAAGCCUGCCCACCUGCAUGUGCACAGCUACUCGCCCAACUGGCCGCACCAGCCCAACAAGACGUUUGCUUUCAUCUCCAACCAGCCCAGCGAGGACGGGGCCAACGGGACCCUGGCCCAGGUUCCCUUCCCGUUCGACGUGAAGACUCUGAUCAUCGCCACCACCAUGGGAUUUAUAUCGUUCCUCGGCGUCGUCCUCUUCUGUCUCGUCAUCCUCUUCCUCUGGAGCAGAGGAAAAGGCAACGUCAAGCCAAACAUAGAGAUUGAGUAUGUACCCCGUAAGGCGGAGGCAGGUGAGAGUAGUCCAACCGGCGAUGCGCCGCGUAAAUUCAACAUGAAAAUGAUGUGAGACUCAAGCUUACUGACUUCAAAAUGAGGUGUGGACACACUAUAUUCUCUUUAAAUAUAUGUGGAAUUUAUGACAGAUAGACAUCUUGAUACUAUACCCAAGACUGUUUUACCUUCAGGGACUGAAUCUUAAACAGCGAGUGUUGGAUUUAAAAGUAUUCAAAUCUCUGUGCAUUUUUAUGGGCAAUAGUCAUUGAGAAAAUAAGCCAGAAUAAGCCAGUCAUGUUUUAUGCUCCUUUCAACCUGAAAAUGGAGAUUGUCUUUAUCUAGUCUUUUGAUUGUUUUUUUCUCUCUGUAUCUUGUUCUUCUUACCAUGUACAACGAGCAAAGGAAUGGUCGCAAUACCACUUAAAGGGGUAGUUCACAGAAAUACUGAAAUUGACAGCAGCAACGGUAAGAGGAAUAUCAUGUCAAUUUGUUUGAACUACACCUUUAAUGGUUAUGGGUUUUGAGCAUAUUACUGUAUUACGAGCAGGCGCAAUUCAAGCAAUGUACGUACAGUGCAUUCGGAAAGUAUUCAGACCCCCUUGACUUUUUCCAAAUGUUGUUACGUUACAGCCUUAUUCUAAAAUUGAUUAAAGUUUGUAUUAACUCAUCAAUGUACACACAACACCCGAUAAUAACAAAACAAAAACAGGUUUUCAGACCCUUUACUCAGUAAACACCGGGAUUUGGGGAGUUUUCCCCAUUCUUCUCUGCAGAUCCUCUCAAGCUCUGUCAGGUUGGAAUGGGAGCGUCGCUGCACAGCUAUUUUCAGGUCUCUCCAGAGAUGUUCGAUCGGGUUCAAGUCCGGGCUUUGGCUGGGCCACUCAAGGACAUUCUGAGACUUGUCCUGAAACCACUCCUGCGUUGUCUUUGCUGUGUGCUUAGGGACAUUAUCCUGUUGGAAGGUGAACCUUCGCCCCAGUCUAGGUCCUGAAUGCUCUGGAGCAGGUUUUCAUCAAGGAUCUCUCUGUACUUUGCUCCGUUCAUCAAUGCCUCGAUCCUGAUUAGUCUCCCAGUCCCUGCUGCUGAAAGAAAUCCCAACAGCAUGAUGCUGCCACCACCAUGCUUCACCGUAGGGAUGGUGCCAGGUUUCCUCCACACCUGACGCUUGCCAUUCAGGCCAAAGAGAGUGUUUAGGUGCCUUUGGCAAACUCGAAGUCGGCUGUCAUGUGCCUUUUACUGAGAAGUGACUUCUGUCUGGCCACUCUACCAUAAAGGCCUGAUUGGUGGAGUGCUGCACAGAUGGUUGUCCUUCUGGAAGGUUCUCCCAUCUCCACAGAGGAACUCUGUCAGUGUCACGCCCUGACCAUAGAUUGCUUUGUAUGUUUCUAUUUUUUGUUUGGUCAGGGUGUGAUGUGGGUGGGCAUUCUAUGUUUGUAUGUCUAUGUUUUCUAUUUCUAUUGUGUUUGGCCUGGUAUGGUUCCCAAUCAGAGGCAGCUGUCAAUCGUUGUCUAUGAUUGAGAACCACACUUAGGUAGCCUGUUUUCCCACUUUGAGUUGUGGGUGGUUAUUUUCUGUUUAGUGUUUGUUAUACCUUUCAGAACUGUUUGUUGGUUGUUUUGUGGUUUUUGUUUGCGUGUUCAUUCUUUAUUAAAAGUAUUAUGGAUACGUACCAUGCUGCACUUUGGUCCUCCUCUCCUUCUCCCGACAACAAUCGUUACAGUCAGAGUGACCAUCGGGUUCUUGGUCACUUCCCUGACCAAGGCCCUUCUCCCGAUUGCUCAGUUUGGCCGUGCGGCCAGCUCUAGGAAGAGUCUUGGUGGUGCAAAACCUCUUCCAUUUACGAAUAAUGGAGGCCACUGUGUUCUUGCAAUGCUGCAGAAAUGUUUUGGUAUCCUUCCCCAGAUCUGUGCCUUGACACAAUCCUGUCUAUGAGCUCUACGGACAAUUCCUUCGACCUAAUGGCUUGGUAUUUUGCUCUGACAUACACUGUCAACCAUGGGACCUUAUAUAGACAGGGUGAUGUCUUUCCAAAUCAUGUCCAAUCAAUUGAAUUUACCACAGGUUGACGACAAUCAAGAAACAUCUCAAGGAUGAUAAAUGGAAACAGGACGCAAAUCAUUUUUGGAAAUUUAAUACAUUUUCUAAAAAUUCUAAAAACCUGUUUUCGCUUUGUCAUUAUGGGGUAUUGUGUGUAGAUUGAUGAAGAACAUUUUUUAUUUACUCCAUUUUAGAAUUAAGGCUGUAACGUAACAAAACGUGGAAAAAGUCAAGAGGUCUGAAUACUUUUCGAAUGCACUUAAGAGAUAAAAGUAAGCUAGAAAGGCAUAGAACGGCAUAUUCUAAUUUGUAAAAAAAAAUAUAUAUAUUAUGCUUGACAAUCAUCAAAAUCACAAAGGUCAUUGGUAUAAAAUCACAGAAUAACUACAAUGUAAAAUAUCAGCAAUGAAGUUAGGGUCCUCUGAUGCCAUUUUGUCUACUGAGUGUGCAGUGGCUCAAAUCCUUUCCUAGCAAACUAGGAACAUUCUCUGAACAUUAGCUAAGAUUCCCCUUAAGUUCUAGUUCGGGUUUUAGGAUGAUAACAUCCCAAAAACAUAAAAAUAAUGUUUUUGAUAACAACAUUAUUUUGUACAAUAUUUUUUAUUUUUUAAUGAAAUAUCCUUGGAAUGUUCUCCUAACAUUCCCUAAAAUGGUGUGCACAACAUCUGUAAGAAACACCACAGAACAUUCCCCAAACGUUCACAUUAGGUUACCAGGUAAUGUAAUAACACAAUGUAGCAGUAACGUUUUUUACAACAAAAUAUGAGAGCAACGUUCUUGGAAACUUCUUGCAAAGUGCAAAUGUUUUAUACGAACAUUGUAUAAUCAUCAGCACAAGUGGACAGUUUUUGUGUUAUGAGAACAUUUGCCGCAACCUAACAAACGUUCUGGGAACUUUCACAAAAUUAAUUUUGGUUUGCUGGGUUGUUUGUAUAAUCACAAACAUGCUUCAAAUGAUCAUUGUGAUAUUCAAUUUGAAUCCCUAUGUUGUUUUUGUUGUCAGUGUGUUCUCCUGUUAGCAGUGAUCAGGAACCAGUUGUUGUAAUACAGAUGAUGUGUUAACAGGGUUUUAUGUGGUGAAAUACAUUUUAUAGCCAUAGUCUGCUCUGAAAGUAAUGUGUUCAUAAACCCUUAAACCACUGGUUAUGAAAUAAUGGACGGAAUGAAAGCAUAUUAAAACAAUAAAGUUUUAUACAGUAA